AUGUCUGAUCAAGACAUUGAUACAAAUGAAUAUUGUGAACUUAGAAGUAUACAUAAACAUCACAUCGAUUUGUACAAUAUGUUGUAUCAAUUAAAUACCAAAAACGAAGAGGAAUUAAACUCGAUUUACAAAAUGAUCAAAACAGAACUGAUUGAAUCAAAUAAGCAUCCCCAAAAAAAUAUUAUAAGAGAUAUUUUAGAGAUCAUUACAUAUAACAACCGCUCUACCAAGUCAUAUUUAGCUCUUGCAAAACUCAUAUCUGAUGAUUAUCAUGUAACAGAUAUCCAAAAUAUUCCAAUCAUUUCCAAUUAUCUGUUUUACAAAGAAUAUGGAAUCAAAUUAUACAAAUUUGAUAAAUUCAAAUGGAUUGAAUCUGAAAAUCUAGAUAUUCUAGAAGAAAAUACAAUUUACAGGGCAAUUAUGGAUAAUGAUAAAGAUAGAUUCAUCUUCUGCACGGAAAAAGAAGGUUUUGAUAAAGAUCAAAAAAUUAAAAGCGAUUUAUUACCACAUUACAAAGGUAAAUAUUCAUUACUUGAAUUAUGUUGUUACUACGGAGCAGUUGAUUGUUUCAAAUUUUUAAGAACUAAAUUUAACUCAGAAAUAACUGAAACAUGUCUAGAAUUAUCAUUUUUAGGAAGAAAUCAUGAAAUUAUGAGUGAAUGUUUGAAAUAUCACAAACCAGACUAUUAUUGCAUGAAAUAUGCAAUUAUUUCGCACAACAUUGAUUUUGUUACGUUCUUGAUGAAUGAGUACAAUAUAGAGAUCAAUUUAACUUAUUGGGAAUGGUAUAACAAUCUUGAAGCAUUUUUGGUUUAUUAUGAUCAGACUGAUGAAAUUGACAAAUGCUUUGUAAAAUCAGCUGUAUUUGAUAUUCCAUCCCUUUGCGAAUAUUUCCUUUCUCUUGGUGCAAAUAUCAAUGAAAAAGAUAUUAGUGGAAAAAACCGCACUUCAUAUUGCAGCUAUUUAUAA